GUAAGUCUACGACACAUCCGGGUGGCGCUGCUCCGAGCUCUCCAGAAACUUCUGCACAGCGGUUCGGCUAUAAAAAGGAGCCGUGUCCUCCUCGUCCAUUGUCAGUUAACCGCUCUUAACAGCUCUUGCAGGAAAUACAGCAAUAUAGUCACCAUGGUGCACGAAACUGGUUACUACGAUCUCCUGGGGGUCAGCCCAAAAGCCUCGACGGACGAAAUUAAAAAAGCCUACAGAAAACUAGCACUGAAAUAUCACCCGGACAAGAACCCAAAUGAAGGCGAAAAGUUCAAGCUCAUCUCUCAUGCCUACGAGGUGCUGUCUGAUCCAAAGAAGAGGGACCUAUAUGACCAAGGAGGGGAACAAGCUAUUAAAGAGGGAGGCAUGAACUCUGGGGCUUCGCCAAUGGAUGUGUUUGACAUGUUCUUUGGAGGUGGAGGUCGAAUGCAGAGGGAGAGAAGAGGAAAAAAUGUUGUUCACCAGCUUGGUGUCACACUAGAAGAAAUGUACAACGGUUCUACUAGGAAGCUUGGACUUCAGAAGAAUGUCAUUUGCGAAAAAUGUGACGGUUACGGUGGUAAAAAAGGGACUUUGGAGAAGUGUUCGACUUGCAAAGGCAGGGGAGUACAAAUCAGAGUGCAACAGAUCGGGCCGGGCAUGAUUCAGCAGAUCCAGAGCAUGUGUCACGACUGCCAGGGGCAAGGGGAGAAGUUUAACGCAAAGGACCGCUGUAAGAACUGCAACGGACACAAACUGGAGCGCAAGAAGAAAAUUCUUGAAGUUCACAUUGACAAAGGUAUGAAAGAUGGCCAGAAAAUUACAUUUCACGGAGAGGGUGACCAGGAACCGGGACUAGAACCUGGAGACGUUGUCAUUGUCCUGGAUCAGAAGGAGCACCCGGUUUUCCAGAGGCAAGGAGACGAUCUGCUAAUGAAGAUGGACAUCAAACUUGCAGAGGCCCUGUGUGGCUUCCGAAAGACCAUCCGGACAUUAGACAGCAGAUUGCUCAUCAUCAGCACAAUGCCAGGCGAAGUCAUCAGGCACAACGACAUCAAAUGUGUUCAAAAUGAGGGCAUGCCUAUCCACCGGGAUCCCUAUGAAAGAGGAAUGCUCAUCAUUCAGUUCCAGGUGGAGUUUCCAGAAAACCACUGGCUCCCUGAGCAUCUCAUGUUCCAGCUGGAAAGACUGCUUCCUCCCAGAGAGGAUGUGAUGAUCACGGAGGACAUGGAGGAGGUGGACCUCUGUGAGGUUGAUCUCAAUUCACAACAGAAACGCUACCACAGAGAAGCCUAUGAGGAGGAAGAAGAGGGUCCCAGAGGCGGAGUGCAAUGUCAGACACAGUGAUUGUAAUCUAGGUUCCAGUUCUUGGUUUUGAAUAGGUUUGAUUCACUGCAGUUUUCAAAGUAUGGACUUAAAAGGAGAGAACGACUCGAAAACAACACAGCUGCCAAUUUUUUAUUUGCUUUAUAUGCGUGUUUGACACAAACAUGUAACUGAAGAAGUGGUCUUUUGUUUUACAAACUGCAUUUUCAUGUCACUGUUUCUGUAUUUCAAGAAUUAUUUUCCUUUUAUUUGUUUGUAUGUAUUCGUUAUCAAUUCUACACUCAUUCUUUGUUUUCAGAGCCUGUAAGGACGAUUCGUAUGCUUUCUGUGAAGGUAACGUCAACUAUGACACAUUUGGGGUCAUUUAAUAAAGUAUAGGGAUCUUCAUCUGGA